AUGUCGAGCGGUCUGAAUAAUGGUCCGGACAUCUUUCAGAAAACCCCAAAACACUACCGACACAAGAUCCAACCGAUUCCGCCUUACGUCCUAGAUGGUGUUGAGCGAGGCCAGAUUCCGCUUCAGCCAGAGCCGAAUGACAAUUGCUACAGUCCUACUUAUUGGAGUCGCUUUAUUUCGACUUUCAGGAACAUUGACGCCUAUGCUCCGGAUCAAUUCAAUCGGUCAGGAGCUGAGUCCAUUUUGGAUAGCUACAAACUGGAACAAGAUUGGAGAGGCGAGGAGAAGUUACAGCGCAUGUACAACGGCCAGCCAUACUCCGCGCUCCAUGGCAGUGGAGAUAUGAAUGGAAACAAUUCAGGAGCUUAUCAUAAAGCCAAAUAUAGAUCGAAGGCAGGCUACUGGAUUUCCGAGAAUAAGAAAGACUGGAAGCCUCGAUUGAAUGACAUCUUGAUAUACAACUCAUACGUCCCGCUUUUUUUCCGAAUGUUCACCCUAUUUCUUUCAUGUGUUGCUCUGGGGCUGGCCGCUCGCAUAGUCGUUUUGAAUAAUCAUCUAGAUACCACUGACCACGUUUCGCAACAACCGAGUACAAUAAUGGCAAUUGUUGUGCAGUCUGUGGCCAUUUUGUACCUGUUCUAUAUCAGCUACGAUGAGUUCACAUCUCAGCCGCUCGGACUCAGGGAUCCGCAAGCUAAAUUGAGACUGAUUAUGUGCGAGCUGGUGUUUGUGAUUUUUUCCUCUGCUAACCUGGCUCUCAGCUUCAAUUCACUUUACGAUUCCCGAUGGGUUUGCAAAGUCAACCACUCAAUUAUGAGUAACCCCAAAUUGCUAGUGUCGAUGUGCAGUCGUCAACGAACCCUAGCCGCAUUUCUCUUCAUCAUCCUGGUCGUUUGGUGUAUAAUGUUUACAAUCAGCAUCAUUAAAGUGGUGCAAAUGGUCAACAGAAAUGACCAAAGACUAUCUUAG